AUGUUAAGUUUUUAUGAAUCUACACAAUUGAGAAUAAGAGGAGAAUCUAUUUUAGAUGAAGCAUUCGUCUUCACAGAAGCUCAGCUUGUAGAUGUUGUAGACACUCUUGAAGGUAAUCUUGCACGAGAGGUGAGACAUGCGUUGAGGAGUUAUUUUCAUCGAGGGAUGCAUAUUGUAGAAGCAAGGUUAUAUUUCUCCAACUAUGAAAAAGAAUGGUCCACAUAUGAUUCACUAUCAAAGCUUGCAAAUACUCACGUCAACUACCUUCAUCAACUACACAAGGAAGAACUGUGCAUCUUCACAGAGUAA